AUGGCGACCAAGUUCUGCGUCGGUGGGAUUGAAGUCGCAUUUAAGCCAGCCAACCGAGACUUCAGCAAACGCUGGAAGGAUUUCGGUCCCUCCAAAGAAGUGCUUCCGAAAGGAUGGCGCAAAGAGCCAGGUCGGCGCCCUUUGGACAGUGACCUGAUCUUCGAAAGGGAUGUACCCGUUAUUCUGCGAGACGGGUGCAAGAUAUAUAUGGACGUCUUCCGGCCUCCAUCUUCGGACAGCAUACCCGUCGCGGCCAUUGUGGCAUGGAGUCCGUACGGGAAACAGGGGAAUGGCUUCCAGAGUCUGGAUCGUGUCCCCUGGCGAGCUGGGAUUCCCAAGGACUGGACAAGCGAUCUUGAGAAGUUCGAGGCUCCCGAUCCCGCCGAAUGGUGUCCACGAGGCUAUGCGAUCGUCAACAUUGACGUUCGCGGCACCUUCGACUCGGAAGGAGAUCAGGUUGCCCAAGGAACACAAGAAGGUCGAGAUGGUUACGAUGCUGUCGAAUCCAUUGCUUCGCACUCGUGGUGCAAUGGCGCCGUUGCCUUUGCCGGCAACUCGUGGCUUGGAAUCUCCCAGUGGUUCAUCGCGGCCGAGAGACCGCCUCAUCUGAAGGCCAUUGCUCCUUGGGAGGGUUUGGCCGACAGCUACUGCGAGAUGCUCGGCCGAGGGGGCAUUCCGAACCCUUCAUUUGUAGACUAUCGGGGCGAAGGCUACUGCGGCAAGAAUGGUCGUGAAGAUCUCGGCGCGAUGAUCCGCAAGUAUCCGCUCUUCAAUGAGUACUGGGCGGAUAAACGCGCCAAACUGACCCAAAUCAACGUCCCUGUCUACGCCCUGGCCAGUUUCUCCAGUGGUAUACACACUCUGGGCUCCAUCAAGGGUUUCUUGUUCUCAUCCACCAAAGAUAAAUGGCUUCGAAUUCACCACACGCAAGAGUGGCACGACCUGUAUCAAAAGUCGGCAAACGACGAUCUCCAAAAGUUCUUCGACCGCUUCCUCUACGGGAAAGCCAAUGGCUGGGAGUCCACCCCCCGGGUCCGGCACAGCCUGCUCGGCUUCAACAUCCCUUCGGUCGUGGACCGGCCGGAGCCUGUCUACCCACCUACCUACGUCCAACACCGAACAUUCUACUUGAAUGGUCAAUCUGCCGCCCUAGAGGAAAGCGGUCCACCCCCCGAGCCUUCGACGUCGAGCUACACCUCCGACUCCUGGGAGGACGACGGCGCGCACUUCACCUUCACGUUCGGAGAAUACACCGAGCUGAUCGGGUUUUCCCAGGCCAAAUUGUACGUGUCGUGCGCCGAAACGGACGACCUCGACGUCUACGUGAUUGUGCGCAAGCUGGACACCCACGGCCGGCCCUUGAAGCACCUCAACAUCCCCCUCGACAGUCUCCCGGCCGGGACCACGCCCGAUGACGUCCCCGACCUGAACAUUUUCAAGUACCUCGGCCCCAACGGUCGACUCCGCGCCUCACAUCGCCGGCUGAGCGCCGACCCAAGCAUCUCGGCCGAGCAAAGCGCGAUGCUCGCGCCCGCGGUGGCCUACCACGCCCACGACCGGGAGGAGAAGAUCCCCCCCGGCCAGAUUGUGUGUGUGGACAUCCCACUGUGGCCCGGGGGGAUCGUUUUCCAGCCGGGGGAAGCCAUGCGGCUCGAGGUCAAGGGCCACGAGGUGACGUUGCCGGAGUUUCCGCAGCUGUAUCGCGCCGGGGAGAACCUCAACCGUGGAAAGCACGUCGUAUACUCCGGACCGGAACACCCAUCCUCGAUCGUGGUGUCCCUGGCUGCAGGGCCCCCUUCUAAAUAG